GUGAUUCAGCCGCAGUCGCGAGCCGCCCGCCGAGAGGCACACACGCGUCCAGUGGACGAGUUGCGGCGAUGGCGCGAUGAAUUGCGCUCGCGCGGCGUACUGGGCCCUCCUCUGCCUCGCCGCUAGCGCCCUAGCCGCGCCAAGACGCCUCUACUGCGAGCGCGCCGACGUCGCCUGGCGGGCCUACCGUGCGCCCGCGGCCUUUGAGGCUCGCAUCCAGUCCUUGUCCAAAGACGCAGCAACCAUCCAGAUCAAGCGCGUGCUCAGGCAGCAAGGACACUGGCCACGGGAGGAUUCUAUCUUACGACUGAAACUCCCGCCUCAGGACCCUCGCGAGUGCACGGGGCGGUUCGAAAUCCCUUUAAAAAAUAGAAGAAACUACAUAGUCUUUGCCGAAAGACACGGACACCAGGCCGUGGCGCUAGGCCCGCCGCUGAAGAGGACUGGGAAACUGCUGCGGAGGAUCAGAAAAGUCUACAAGCCAGGAUACAGUAGUCCAGCAAGAGUGGAACCAAUGCAAUCGGUGCGCACGACUCGCGGGAGCCGGGUGCGGCUCGAGUGCAGCGCGAGCGCGCGCCCGCCGCCGCGCAUCACAUGGUAUAAAGACGGCCGGCCCGUCGCCGAUAUCGCGCUCAGGAGAUUUCGGGUGCAGAAUUUUAGGAGGCGCUCAGUGCUAGUAAUAAGGCACGCCCGGCGCGAGGACACUGCCACCUACGAGUGCAGAGCCCAGGGUGCCGUGGGGCCGCCAGCCGUGGCGGCGGCUAACGUCAGCGUCAUGCUGCCUGUCACGGCGACGCCAGACACGACGACAUUGGGAGCCCCGUGUCCAAUGCCUGAACCGUCUUCGUACUGCCUCAAUGGAGGCACUUGCCUAUACUUUCAGGUUGUACAAGAACAAGCUUGCAAAUGCCCUGAAGGUUUCAACGGCCAGCGCUGCGAAAACAAGGAUAUAACGAAUAGCAGUAGUAUGUAUCAUUCCUAUACGUGCAAACUGGGCCUCUCCACGUCCUACUACUGUUAGCUGUCACUACACAACUCCGCAAUCACUUUGACCUGCGGAAUUUAGCUAACUUAUGUAGGAAAGCUAAAAUCCGUGAGUUUAAAUUAUCCAUAAGUAUAAAAUUUUCUGCUUCAUGGUCUUACAUGAGAUUUUUGUUGAUUCUGCCGAAAAUGGUUUGAAACAAGGCUCGGGACCGGUAUAUAAAAUACUAGUAAAACCUGUUUACUUCGGUUUUCCUCCGAACUUUUAUGUAACCUUAAAAAAACCGUUUUAUUCAAACGGGCGACAAAGCAGCCGGCCGGCCUUGUGGUAUGCCACGUAAAUAUAAACACCGACAUAGGAAGAAGCCGGUUUGUAUUGCUCUAAACCGGUUCAUUUGACAAGAACUAUUCUCAUAAAACCAGUUUUAAAAUAAUGGGUUUUCAAGUGAAACCGAGAUUAAAAGGGUUUGCACCAAGUACAUGAUAACGGUUUGGAAAUUUAACCGGUUUCCGAGCCUUGGUUUGAAAAGCUUGAGUCGGUUGAGAAGAAUCGGCCCGAUUCCGAUUUACGUUUAAGAUCUUGGAAAGAUCGAUAACUAAACGACAUGUCAAAAUUGACGUUUAUUUCGAUUCCGCUGUGAUCCCAAUAAGAUCUAUCUACGAUAUUUCUAACGUCAAAGUGACAUUGGUUGCCCGAAUCGAGCUGCUUCUGUCAAUUAUACGACAUACAAACGAUAUAUCUAAAUGAGAACUUAUCUAAACCAGAACUUAUUGUUAUUGUGCGCGUGAGAACAAAACUAAGAUUAUUGGAGACACUUUGCUUUCGCUUACAGUUUAUGUUAACUUAUAAACAUGUUGUAGCAUGAGCGGACCUUUUGUACUUAUUUAUUUUGUGGCAUAACCCACCUCGUUCCAAUUUUUAUUAUAUUUUCUCGCGAUGUUACAUUCGCCGCAUUCGAAUGUUUGACUGUAAAUUAGUUAUCUUGACUAUCUUAUGUCUAUAGUAAGUUUUUUUUUAUAGAAUAUAUGCGCUGAUAUUUUGUCACUCAAUUUAAAAAAUGUACUUUGUAGAUACAUUUCUAAAUUUUGAAAUAAAAAACAGAUGAUUAUCAGAGUCUGUGUGCGCCUGUGCGGUUUAUUACGAUGAGUACGAUGACUGAAUGAUUAAUUUGUAAAUUUUAAAGUAGCUAAAUAAAAACAUUAUAGCUAAAAAUAUAAAAUAAUACAUACAUUUUAUGGCGUAAGUAUAAGGGGCCAGCUGUUUGCAAGGCUAUUUUUACCGUAAACAUUUAUUUUUAGCUUGUACCUGCUGAAAUUACUCGGCAAACUCUUGUUUCUCACAUUACUGAGGAGAAAACAUGAUGUUCCAACAACAGGGCGAUGUUUGCCCAAAUUUUGCAUUUAGCUGUGUUUUUUGUCGUUUACAAGUAAAUAGCUAUAUUUUUUUAAUAUAAUAUGUAGGUACAUGGCUGGCCCAGUGAGAUUGUUAACUUAAGAUUUUACAAACACAUAUUACUCAGAUAUAUAACGUUUUGAUUGAGCUAUGCAAAAUUUGAAAUGAAUAAGGGUAUUCGGUUUUAUUUGUCUUCUAUACAAGAAACCGAUAAUCUUGAAAAAAAUUUUUUAUCAUUGAAGUUGUAAAUAUUUUACAUGUACUUAUUAUUAUUUCUAUUUGUAUUUUUUGGAAAUUAUUAUUUACGAUUAAGGUUUGGUAGUCUGUCAGAGACUUUCAAAUUAUGUACAUACAUAUCUAAUAGGUUAAGGGUUUUUUAAUAAAUUAAUAAAACUUGUGAACAGUUAGUAUUAAUACGAACUUAUUUGCUAUGCGGACAUUUAACUCGAGUAAAUGUUCCCCUAUUCAUGGUGUCAUAAAUAUUGGUUCAUAAAAACUAAUAUACAUAGGAGACAAAGAUAGCUGUUUUUAAAUUGUUUUCAAAUGACAGUCGGUCCCUCUCCAAUUAUUAUAACCUGUUCAACCUUUUUCCUACAAAAAUAGGGGCCAAUGGCUUUAAACAGUAACUUAAAAGGGUUGUUUCGCAUAUGUCUGUUAUCUUCGUGUUUAAAGUUUCAAACCUCACAAGGAAAAUGAAUCCUUAUUUUUUUCAAAAGUCGCAUAGCAAAUAAGCCAACAUACAGCUAAAAAAAUAAUGUCUGAAACUAUUCCUGUAACAAUGUAUUGGUUCUAUAUAAUCCACCUAGUCAAAGCGCAGUUUUAAUACUAGCUAGGUAGAUAUAACUUAAUUUUAUUAUAAUGUAUGAUUUUAUGAGUGUGGCUAAUAUGACGAAUGGUUGAGGUUAUAGCAAUUUCUACUCAACGUUUUAUUUCAAAGCUAUAAUAUGGGACCGAACUUACAUAGUUUUGUUAUUGUUUGAUAUUUCAUUUUGUAUAAAGUACUUCUAUUAAAUUUUAAGUUCAUUAUUUAUGUGUAAUUAAUAAAGUAGAAAAGGUACUAUUUAUUUUUAUGCGAUUGAGGAUUUUUGGGCAUUAGGUCGAAGGUAAAGUGAAGACACGUAAAAGAGUAAUAGCACGGUGUUUGGUAGUGUAGGUAUUUUUCGUGACUUCACAUCCCCUUUAACCCAAGUCUUGUCUCACAACAAAUAUUAAGACGCGUUAUACAGUUAAGUUUAUGUAAUGAGCAAACCAAAAUCACAAUAAAAGAAUGAGUGUUGGAAUUAACAGAGAAUCUA